GUGCGAACAAUGCAAGAUCUGUUUCCUCUUGAAUAUAACUUCUAUCCUCGAUCCUGGAUACUGCCAGAAGAAUUUCCCCUCUUUGUGGCUGAGGAGCUAAUUUUCCUACAUGACUGAAUUUUCAAAGUCUGGACAAGCCUCCUCAUAAUGAGAAUCUGAAAGAAUAUAGUUGAGAGGAUUGUGAAGAAUUUGAAGACAACUGUCAGGAAUUUCCUCAAAGAUCAAGAAACCAUCUGCUUUCUUCAAGACAGUCAAUCUGCUGAAGACCAGUCUGACUCUGGAUUACUAUUCCCACUUCCACCCCUGUCCUAUCUUCAUCUGCCAUGUGUUCGUAUGAUGAAAGACAGUGAUCCAUCCUGGAAGCCCACUUUUAUUGUAAAACCUGAUGGAGGGUGCCAGGGGGAUGGAAUCUACCUCAUUAAAGACCCAAGUGACAUCAGACUGACAGGAAGCAUCCAGAGCCGGCCAGCUGUGGUCCAGGAAUAUAUUUGCAAGCCACUGCUUGUUGACAAACUGAAAUUUGAUAUUCGUCUUUAUGUCUUACUGAAGUCUUUAGAGCCCUUAGAGAUUUAUAUAGCCAAAGAUGGACUUUCUAGAUUUUGUACAGAGCCCUAUCAAGAACCCACUCUAAAAAAUUUGCACCAGGUUUUUAUGCACUUAACCAACUAUUCACUAAAUAUCCAUAGCGGGAAUUUCAUCCAUUCUGACAGUGUAAACACUGGCAGCAAGAGGACUUUUUCAAGCAUUCUGUGCAGACUGUCUUCCAGAGGAGCCGAUGUCAAAAAGCUGUGGUCAGAUAUCAUUUCUCUGGUGAUUAAAACAAUUAUUGCACUGACACCAGAAUUGAAAGUUUACUAUCAGUCUGACAUACCAGCAGGAAAGCCUGGGCCAACUUGCUUCCAGAUUUUAGGGUUUGACAUUCUCCUGAUGAAAAACUUGAAGCCCAUGUUACUAGAAGUAAAUGCAAACCCCAGCAUGAGAAUAGAACACGAGCAAGAGCUUUCUCCUGGAGUAUUUGAAAAUGUCCCAAGCCCUGUUGAUGAAGAAGUGAAAGUAGCUGUUAUCAGAGACACUCUUCGUCUAGUGGACCCUCAUAAAAAAAAGAGAAAAGAUCUCCAGUGUCAGACAUUGGAGCAGGUGUCAGAAGCAAGCGAGGAGCUGUUGGAUGCUGGACGGGCAGACAGACUGGAAUAUGAGGCCAGCAGAAGUCCAGAGGCUGGCCUCCCCUCCCUUUGUCUCAAGCAAGUGUUUCCCAAGUACGCCAAGCAGUUUAACUAUCUGCGACUUGUGGACAGAGUGGCUGCACUGUUUAUCCGAUUUCUUGGUGUAAAAGGGACAACAAAGCUGGGGCCAACAGGUUUCCGAACAUUUAUAAGAAACUGCAAACUGAGUAACAGUAAUUUUUCAAUGGCUUCUGUAGAUAUCUUAUAUAUUGAUAUCACAAGAAGGUGGAACAGCAUGGGAAUCGACCACAAAGAAUCAGGAAUGUGUUUGCAAGCUUUUGUCGAAGCUUUCUUUUGCCUGGCUCAGAAAAAAUACAAGUCCCUCCCACUUCAUGAGCAAGUGGCAUCGCUGGUCGAUUUUUGUGAGUAUCAUCUGGCUGCCCUGGAUGAAAAGCGCCUGGUUUGUGGCCGUGGGGUUGUGGAGCGCCGAAGUGCAGUAGUUCCUUGUCAGACAGAUGGACUUCACCUUACACCAGCUGCACACACCCCCCUCCUGAAUCACACUGCCACAGCUAGUAAAUUUGCAGAUUAUAGAAAUCAUCGCUAUUAACGGUGCUGAUUCACCAGGACAGAACUGAGAAUUAAUCCCCAGGUAUGUACGUGUACUGCAGGAGGACAGACUCUUGAAUUCCUGCAUCUGAUAGUCACAUUUAUUUCAGGUUUUUUUAAUUAUGCUCUUCAAGAAGUCUACUGCCAGCUCCCAUUCUCAAAUAAAGAAUGAUCCUGAUAAUGGCUAUUUAUUUAUUUGCCUCUGUUGGACCUAGAGUACACCUCACGUGACAAACUGUGCUUUCAUCCCGAGUGUAUAGAAAACUGCAUGUGAAGAAAGGACCAAAAUACAGCAGGAAGAUAUCCAGCAUGAUGGGAUCGGCUGCACUGAUGGAGGGGCACACUCAUCUCAAAGGAAUUACGUUGCUGUCUAUGCACUGGACGUACCAUGGAAACCAAGUACGGAGCUGCGGUCUCAAGUACCAGUUGUGGACUUUGGAGAACUGAAACCUGGAAUUAUGUUUGUGGUCAGACUUCAGGCUUCGACUCUCUUCUUUCAGUGGCUUGGACUGUACAUGUUGGAAUCAAUACAGAUUGGUCAUUGUCUAUGUACUUACUUUUUUAAAGUCAGUCUUAAAACAUUGAAAUCAUAUUUUGGCUUCUACUUCUUUGUACAUGUCUUUGCCAUGACAAGCACUGUUAAUUUUUUAAAGAAAAACUAAAGAUGUUUAUCCUUUUGCUUCCACAGAACCAAUAAGCUCACACUUAUUCACAGAAAAAAAAUUUACUUCUUUAAGUCAAAUUUGGUGAAUCAAGUGGUGGUUUUGUCUUCAGGUACUAUGCACUGCUUCUGCAAAAAGCUUUACAGUGUAAAGGCCUGAGAGUUCAUUUAAAUUCCAGUGAAACUUUAGAUUAAACUGACUGUAUUCUAGGUUUGCUUAUUUUUUGCCUUCUGCGUGUUUGUUACCCUGUUUGGACCUGCAGUAACAUCAAGAGCAGAUAUAUAUUUUUUUUUUUUUUGUAUUUGCACAUAUUCUGAAUGUUUUCCCUUAAAUAACCGUAUAACUGUACCAAUUAGAUCUGUAUUAUUUAAGAGGUUAUUUUGACAAGAAUGCUGAGUUGUACAGAGUAGUCUUAUUUUUCAAGAAAUGAACUGUGACUUCCGUAAUCAGACUCUUUUUGGGGAGGGGCUAAGCAGAACAGGAGACAGACUGAAAGAACAGGAGUAAUUUGGAGCUUCAGGGCUGUUCAGUCAGAUUCUUUUUGGUCUUGUGUUUUAUUACAGUAAUAUAUGUCUACAUCUGAGUUUGAUUUUUCCUCCUUUGUUCUGUUCUUUAAUGCUAAUGAUUCUGCUUACGUUCUAGCGUUCCUCAUCCUGUCAAAAAUCGCAAAGCUGUAAGAUGAGCUC